CCGACACGUUUCGGCCCAUCCCAAGCUCUCUCCGUCAGCCUGGCGGACACAUGGUUGGCAGGGGCGGCGUGGCGAGAGACGCCGCGGCUGCGGAUGCGGAAGCCGACGCGCCUUCCGCGGGGUGCCUCCGCCCCGGCCGCAGGCAGGCGUCGCGGUCUCAGGGUCGCGUCACCGGUGCCGCCGUUGUCCGUCUGUCGGUUUGUGCGCCGCCGGCCUGCUCGUUUUCUUUUUGAUUGGAGUUUCAUUCCAAGCAAGAUGUAAACAUGGAGGUUUGGGAGGAAAAAGAAGAUUGAAGUUAAUAUGGUGUGCCAUUUUGGACUGCCCACAGAUAUGGGGAUGGCAUGGUGUACAGAGGCGGAGGGGCGCCGUUUGAGCAGAUAUGUGGCAGCGGCCAGGGCUUCAGCCUAGUAUGGUGGUGGCAUGGAGGUGUGGAGCAGCAAAGUGCCGAUGGUGUUGUUGAUGGAGACAGAGAUGGCGCCAAGGUCGGCCCUCCUGGCACGCAGAUGCCCUCCUUGUGGCGUGUUGGACCAGGCCGUGGCUAGCCAUGACCCUCCGCUGGGCCUCGCUUGGCCUUCUGUCCCGGUGCGCGAGCCCAUAAUCAGGUGUGUGACACACAUUUUGAAGUCUCGUCUUUUUCUAAAUUUUUAUAUAUAUAAAGAGUGGCUACCUCUGACCAACUACAAAGGUCUCACACCAGAAAGCAGAGUGUACUUGAAUACUCAAAGUUUGCAUUCAAAAUCCCAUGGUGGCACAGUGAUGGAAAGGCUUUCAGCGCUGGUUCUGGAUGGUGACCCAGCAUACCCAGCGUCCUUGUCGACCAUCUCUGAGACACUUGCAAAGUUUAACUUCAAAGGUGCAUGUAGAUUUUGAACCAUUCCAUUUUGGAACCCCUUUUCCUUUUCUGCAUUUUUGUUCUAAAAAAUGAAGUGUGUUCUAGAAGAAAAAGGAAGUCAAUAGGCACAGUAUUCAAUUCAAGAAAUCUGAAUUCUUUUAUAAAACUGAGGAAUCUGUAUAUCGAACUAACUCUUAUUAUUUUCCCUGAAAAAAGAAUUCCUAUAUAUGUUAGUUGUGGUAUCAUAUUUGCCGUCUGUAUGAUUCCUGAAGGUAAUGGGGGAGAAACAUGUUGCCCUAGAUCUAUUUUUGGCAAUAUUUAAAGGAUUCCUUCUCUUGACAAAGAAGUAGAGGAACUCAAAUCCUCUACCCUAAAAAUCAAUCUACACUUACUAUAUGAUAUUCAAGGGGCUUCUGUAGCAUAUUAGACGUACAGUAGGAUGCAUUGGAUUCAAAUUAUUACAUAUACUGAUUGAACUUCAAGUCGAUCUUACCAGUAAGAGUUUAUAUUCAGAGCUCUGUUAUUUUAAGAAUUUCUCACCUCUCCUCGGUAGUUAGAGUGUCUAGCUCAGUAGGGUCACCUUGUGUGGUUCUAUCACCGGCGCGAUUGUAAUCCUUGAAACGGUUGGGGGGCGCGUGUGCGCGCGUGUGGUUGUGAGGUGUUCUUCGGGCUUUGCCCUUUAUUCUCAUAUUAAUGUAAUGAAGCCUAGCUCUCUUGCGCUUUUGAGGGGAAAAAAGAAUUUCUCACCUAUCCCAAACUUACCGUUCUAGGGUUAUUCCUCCUUGUUGACAGCAAUGUGUUCUUGUGACGAUGAAGAGUCACUUUCCAAAUAUAUGAACCGUGCACGCUUCCAUGUGCUGAAGCCACUGGACAGAAGAAGCUUCAGCAUUCUGUGGCACCAAGCAUGUUGGCUGUUGAUCUCCCUGUACAGGUGAGCAGGAAGCACACCUCCAUACCCACACACUCGGCUAGAGGUAGAAGAAACAACAGCUCUUAUUAAAAAAAAAACGAACAGCAGCUCUGCUGCUCCACGAACCACUUUUCAAAUAAGCUUUUGCGUAGAGUGCCUACCAGUCUUGACUUUGGGUUCUCAUGUAUUGCUUAAGUCACCAUAUCUCUUGUAUCUACUCCCUCCAUACCAAAUUAUAGGUCAUUCUAAGAGUCUUGGAAAGUCAAAACAUCUCAAAUUUGAUCAAAAUUAUAGAAAGAAUUACAAAGAUUUAUGACAUCAAAUAGAUAUACUAUAGUUGGUACCGUAAAUGUUACUCCCUCCGAUCCGAUUUAUCUGGCGUACGAGCGUUUUUGAAAUCGGCCACAAUACCUGGCGGGCGGUAGUACCAAGGUUAUAUGAUCAUUACUCCGGCGACGCAUGCUGCAUGCAUGCAGCUGAACCGCUGCGCUAGGUAGUGUAUACUCUCACGUCCGUGCCCUUCUAUACACUUGUUGAUUGCUCCACCUGAAUAAAGAACGAUUUAGCUGCCGGCGGUGUGAUGGUAUUCGAGGCGCAGCGAAGCACGACAGUAAAUAAGUGUGCGUGCCUCCAGCCUCUAUAGCCUCCUUGGUAUCUGGUAUAUGGCCUCGUACGCCAGAUAAAUCGGAAUGGAGGGAGUAUUUUCUUAUCGUAUAAAUUUAGUCAAACUUGAGAUGCCUUGACUUUCCAAGAAUCUUGGAAUGACUUAGGCCAGUCUCAGUGGGGGUUUCACCAGGAUGUCAUGCACAUUUAUUAGAGCGCCAUGUCAGUAAAAUUGCACUUUUUGCAUGAAACGAAGAGGAGAGAGACGGAAGUAGUUUAACCAUGGUGAAACCCCGCGGGCGUUGUUUCCCACGCGGUGAAACGAGAUGAAAUCCCCCACUGAGGGCUAAAUCGUUUCACCAUCUUGCAUGUGAUCCAAUCAUUUUGCAGUAAUUAAAUGCUUUGCUUAGCCUUGGAAACAACAAAGUGAAAUGCUUCAUUGCUGGGGUUAUUUCAUAUAUGGUUUCAUUUUAAUCUUGAUGACGUGUUGGUAUGUGAAACCGUGCAGUGACACUGUCCAUUGAGACUAGCCUUAUAAUUUAGGAUGGAGGGAAUAUCUACUAAUUCUUAUUGUCAACCAGUCCAAAUACAGGUCAACCUAACAUUGAAAUAAAGCGAUUUCACACAUUUUGAAGCCCCAACCUUUUUUUUAUAUAGAGUGCCUGCCUCUGACCAACUAAGGUCUCACUCCAGAAAGCAGACUGUACAUCCUUAACAAAUACUCAAAGUUUGCCUUCAAAAUCCCAUGGUGGCACAGUGAUGGAAAGGCUUUCCGCGCUGGUUGUGGAUGUUUACCCAGCAUCCUUGUUGACCAUCUCUGAGACGCUUGCUUAGUUGAGUUUAGAGGUGUAUGCAGAUCUUGAAGCAUUCCAUUUUCUGCAUUUUUUUCUAAAAAAAUGAGGUGUGUUUGUGAGAUAACCUGGUGCACUUUCCAGCCUUUUGCAGUAGCUGCACACUCCACUAUACACUUAAAAAGGGGUCUACUGCAUAGCAACUUUUGAAGUGUACAGUCCACUGACUCUGUGCAGCAGCAACUUUUAAAGUGAGUUCACUCUGUAGCAGUAGCAGGUGUAGCUGUAGUUGAUUAAGAGUUGUGUAUACAUCAGCUUGUUUAGUAAUGGAAAAAAGCAGUUCAGUUUGCUGCAUAUUCAGAGAUGCAUAGCUGCUGCUCGGGUUGUGUGUGUGUGUGUGCGCACUGUGUUCUCACCCUUUCUUGUACUCUUGCCGUGAGUGAGUGUGGUGUGGUGCUGGUGAGUGAUUGCUCACCUGUGCAGGGAGAUUGAGGUCCGAUUGCGCGAAGAAGGCGAAGGCGCAGCAGCUGCGGCGGGAGUACAACAACCCGGCGUUCCGCGAGGAGGUGGUGGAGGAUUUCUCACUCUGGCUGUAGUCAAUCGUCAAUUAGCUGGCGGCGCAUAGCGUCACCAUCGACAAGGAGGAGGAGGAGGUUCCAAGUUCAUGCGCGUCGUGCCGCCCAAGUACACCUAAAUCUCUCCAUCGAGACGAUGCUGGACAUGUCGACCCUCACCAUUGAGGACUUGACUGGGUGCUUGCGGGCGGUGGACGAAGAACGCUCGGGGGCUACUGCGACAGCGGAUAGCGGCAAGUUGCUGCCGACCGAUGAGUGGGUGGUGCGGAUGAAGGAGAAGCAGUCCGGGUGAGGCUCCUCCAGUCGCAGCGGCAAUGGCAAGCACCACGGCAAGGUCCCACAGAAGGAGCUCGACCCCAACGCUUGCCGGCGCUGUGGGAACCCCAAGGAGAAGGUGGAGGCGCAUCUCGCGCUGGUUCCAGUUAUUACAUACUGAAUGAACUUCAAGUCAAUCUUACCGCAAUGUGUUCUUGUGACGAUGAAGAGCCACUUUCCAAAUAUAUGAACCUGGGUGCAUGCUUCCAUGUGCUGAAGCCACUGGACAGAAGAAGUUUCAGCAUUCUGUGGCACCAAGCAUGUUGGUCGUUGAUCUCCCAGUACAGAGUGCUUACCUCUGACCAACUACGAAGGUCUCACACCAGAAAGCAGACUGUACAUCCUUAACAAAUAGUCAAAUACUCCAAGUUUGCUUUGAAAUCCCAUGUUGGCACAGUGAUGGAAAGGCUUUCCGCGCUGGUUCUGGAUGGUGACCCAGCAUCCUUGUCGACCAUCUCGGAGACGCUUGCAAAGUUGAGCUUCUGAGGUGCAUGCAGAUCUUGAAGCAUUCCAUUUUGGAACCCCUUUUCCUUCUCUGCAUUUUUUUCUAAAAAAAUGAAGUGUGUUUGUGAGAUAAUCUGCUGCACUCUCCAGCCUUUUGCAGCAGCUGCACACUCCACUAUACACUUUAAAAGGGGCCUUCUGCGUAGCAACUUUUAAAGUGUACAGUCCACUGACUCUGUGCAGCAGCAACUUUUAAAGUGUACAGUUCACUCUGUAGCAGUAGCAGGUGUAGCUGUAGUUGAUUAAGAGUUGUGUAUAUAUCAGCUUGUUUAGUAAUGGAAAAAAACAGUUCAGUUUGCUGCAUAUUCAGAGCUGCAUAGCUGCUGCUUGGGUUGUGUGUGUGUGCGCACUGUGUUCUCACCCUUUCUUGUACCUCUUGGCAUGAGUGAGUGUGGUGUGGUGCUGGUGAGCUGAUUGCUCACCUGUGCAUGGAGGUUGAGGGCCGAGGCUUCAUUUAAUGUGAUUUUCUUGUGCACCAGUCCAAAUACGGGUCAACUUACCAUUGAAAUAAAGAGAUUUCACAGAUUUUAAUUCUGUCUUUUUCUAAAUUUAUUAUUAUAUAAAGAGUGCCUACCUCUGCCCCAUGAAGAUCUCACACCAGAAAGCAGAUUGCACUCCUUAAUAGUCAAAAGUUCGCCUUCAAAAUACCUUCGUGACAGAAUGAUGGAAAGGCUUUCAGCGCUGGUUCUGGAUAGUGACCCAACAUCCUUGUCGACCAUCUCUGAGACGCUCGCAAAAUUUAACUUCAAAGGGUUAUUCCUUUUUGUUGACAGCUAUGUGUUCUAGUGACGAUGAAGAGGCACUUUACAAAUGUAUGAACAUGGGAGCAUGCUUCCAUGUGCUGAAGCCACUAGACAGAAGAAGCUUCAGCAUUCUGUGGCACCAAGCACUAGAACACAAGUCUAAAAAGGCAGCACCUCAAGGACCAACUCCUAAUAGUUACAAAAAUUGAAUGGUUUCAUCAUCUGCUGAAAAGCCCAAGGAAGUGCUUAUCCUAGAGAGAAACGAUUUAUCCAAUCCUGAAAGCAAUGGAUAUGAAGAGCCAAAGAAGUGGAAUCGGAUCACAUGGACCAUUGAGCUACAUGAAAAGUCCUUGGAGGCUGUCGAAGCUCUUGGGGGGAUGAGUCUGACAGAUGCUACACCUGAGGGGAUCCUCUACCUGAUGAAUAUAUAGGGUUUAACUGCGAAGCAUAUAGACGGCCAUCUCCAAGUGGGUGAUUAAUUGAUUAUUUUUACCGAAGGCCCCAUCCACUAAAGCUUCCUUAUAAGCUUGAUUUCUAAUAUUGGAGCCUUCAAGGGAAGCACUAAUUUUGUUACCUUGAAACAUUCAAAACAAUGAAGAGAAAGACAUCAUUUAGGAUAGUUGUGAUUAAGCAGCACAAGUUGACAACUUGUUCGCUCGCUCGUAUCUUUUCUAUUGGCAUUAAAAGUCUUCUCCACCCUCUGUUUGGCGUAUUUUUGUCUCACACUUCCGUGGUCUUUAGUAUCCAUUAGUUCAAAGCAUUUUUGUUGGCAUGUGUGUGUGUGUCACACUUCCAUCGUCUUUAGUAUCCAUUAGUUCAAAGCAUUUUUGUUGGCACUUCUGUGUGUUUGUGUGUGUGUUUUACCCUUGUGGGAUCUAUAUGCAUUCUGGUAAUUUAUUGGUGGAAUCUGAAAAAUCAGCACCCGUCCUUCCUGUUUCUAGCUUCAUCUGGCUGAUAACAUGCCUUAACCUUUUUAUGUGUGUGUGUGGGUGAGGGAUGGUCUUAACCUUAUGUUACCCUUCCCUUGGUACCCCAAGGACCUUAAACUAUUCACCUCUUUGAAUUCCAUUUAGCUCUUGACACCUAUGGCUGAACUGAUCUCAUAUGGUGUUCUUUUUGCUAAAAUGCCACUUUAAAUUGCUGUAUUAGUUUGACCUUUAAUACUGUGACCUAACGUUGUCCCUUUCUAGACAAUUUCUCCUCAAAUGUGAUAUAGAAACAUCAAUUGCGCCACCGAAAUGCAAAGCAAGGAGGACAGCGCCAAGAGAAUGCCAGCAGAAAUCCAAUUCCUGAGCUGAUGAUAUCAGCGCAUGAUGAAGCCACUUCUGAAUCCAUCACACCCAGAGUUGAGAUAGACGGGGAAGUGUACCCCUUAAGGCUGUGGACAAAGAUGAAGAAAAGGUCAGUGGACACAGCGGCUCUGAAGACUGACAUGUACACAUGCACAUCUGGAACUAUAGAGAGGACACGUAGUCUGUGUGUGUGUGGGAUAAGUAUGAAAAUAACCUGCAGAGAAUAUUCUCUGAGACAAAGAAAUGUUGGCAAAUCAUGAGUGAACAUCACUGGCCUGGGAAGAACAAUAUUGCUAUCACAGAUGAAGGGGAUCCAAAUGAAGCUACCAGGUGAUCGAGUCAGGCAGAAUGGUUAUGCUUGAACGGUGCAUCCAUAGAAAUAUCUGGUUCAAGCAGCUUUACAAGUGAUCAAGUGGGAGAGAAUAAUCGUGCCGAAACUGACAGAGACAAUAACAUCGUGGGGAGCAUUGAUUUCCUUAGGUUAUGGUGUAUCCAUAGAAAGCUCUGGUUCAAGCAGCCUGUUAGCAAGUGGUCAAGUGGGAGAGAACAAUCAUUCUGAAGCUGCCAGAGCCAUUGACAAUGUGGGGAACAUUAAUUUGCUUGAAGCUUACCGUGCAUACUUAGGAACCUCUGGUUCAGGCAGCCUGUUAACAAGUGAUCGAGUCAGGCAGAACGGUUAUGCUGAAGCUACCAGGGACAAUAACAACUUGGGGAGCACUAAUUUGCCUCAAGUUAUGGUGCAUUCACAGAAAUCUCUGGUUCAAGCAACAUGUUAAUGACUAAUCAAGCAGGAGAGAACAAUUGCACUGAAUUUGCUAGAGACAAUGACCAUAUGGAGAACAUUAAUUUGCUUGAAGUUUUCCCCUUCCAAACAGCAGAAGCGGCCCUGGAUUUCAUUGAAGGUGGGGCUGCUAAAGAAGCGGAGCUUGAUUUGGUCUUGGUGGAUGUUAAUCUUAACAAUAUGGCGCCAGGCACUUCCGCAAACUCUGAUUUGCUCCAUCAUUACGUACUGAAUGAACUUGAAGUCCCUCUUACCGCAAUGUGUUCUUGUGAUGAUCAAGAGGCACUUUCCAAAUGUAUGAACCUGGGUGCAUGCUUCCAUGUGCUGAAGCCACUGGACAGAAGAAGCUUUGGCGUUCUGUGGCACCAAGCACUGGAACACAAGUCUAAAAAGGCAGCAGUUCAAGGACCAACUCUUAAUAGUACCAGAAAUGGAAUGGUUUCAUCAUCAUCUACAGCAAAGCCCAAGGAAGUGCUUAUCCUUGAGAGAAAUGAUUUAUCUGAUCCUGAAAUCAAUGGACAUGAAGAGCCAAAGAAGCGGAAUCGGAUCACAUGGACCAUUGAGCUCCAUGAAAAGUUCUUGGAGGCUGUCGAAACUCUUGGGGGGAACGAGUAUGCUACACCUGAGGGGAUCCUCCUCCUGAUGAAUAUAAAGGGUUUGACUGCGAAGCAUAUAGGCAGCCAUCUUCAGAAACAUCGAUUGCGCCACCGGAAUGCAAAGCAAGGAGGACAGUGCCAAGAGAAUGCCAGCAGCAAACCAAUGGGGCUUGAUGAAGCCACUUCUCAAUCCAUCACACCCAGAGUCGAGACAGAUGGUGAAGUGUAUCCCUUAAGGCUGUGGACAGAGGUGAAGAAAAGGUCAGCGGACACAGCGGCUGUGAAGACUGAGGACACAGAGUCUCUGUGUGUGUGGGAUAAGUAUGAAAAUAACCUGCGUAGAGUGUUCUCUGAGAAAAAGAAACGUUGGCAGUUCAUGGGCAAACAUCGGUGGCCUGUGAACAACAAUAUUGUUAUCACAGAUGCAAGGGAUCCAGAUGGAGCCCCUGAAACUGCUGGUGGUUAUGGUGCAUUCACAGAAAUCUCUGGUUCAAGCAACAUGAUAACGAGUAAUCAAGUGGGAGAGAACAAUCGUACUGAAUUUGCUAGAGACAAUGACCACAUGGAGAACAUUAAUUUGCUCAAAGUUUAUGGUGCAUUCAUAGAAAACGCCGGUUCAAGCAGCCUGUUAACAAGUGAUCAAGUCGAACAAAACAAUCUUACUGAAGAUGCCAGAAACAAUGACGCCAUGGGGAAAAAUAAUUUCUUUAAAGGUACUGUGGACCCGAAGUACAAUGCAUCAAUGGAUUUUUCUGUUGCUUGGGCGCACCUAGAGAGCAAUGAUCUGGACCUGACAGGCCCUUCUGAUGGCCGGGAGGAAGCAUAUUCAUUUCGGAUGAGCCAGCUGGAAAGCCUUGGCCUAGAGGUUCUCCAUGACAAUGCAUGUAAUGAUGCUCUGAGAUCGGUUGAUCUGAUUAACAUAGAUGAACCAGUAACUCAAGGAUCGCAAGAGCAGCAAAGCCUUGGCAUGGAGGAUCUCCAGCAAGUAGAUGACAUUCCAUGGGAUGAUGCUCUGAUAUCUGUGGGGCUUAUCAACUUAUUAGAUGAACCAAUGACUGAAGAAGCUGCCGUUGGAGGAUCACAAGACCAGGAAAGCCUUGCCCUGGAGGUCCUGCAAGCAGGUAAUAAUGCAUGGGAUGAUGAUCUUAGGUCGGCGAGGAUGGUCAACUUAUUAGAUGAACCAGUAGCUCAAGAAGCCACUAUUGGCGACGCUCUGAUGGAUGACCCUGUGAGCCCGAUUGCCCAAGACGAUGUGUUAUGGGCUUGGAGUCCUUCAAUGCCAGCGGUUGACUAUGGCAUGCUCUUCUGAAUCAGGCUCAACAAGUGAUAGCAACUGAUAAUAUGGAUGUUAGAAAUAAGAACCCGUUGACAGAAAUAAGUCAAUUGUGCUCGAGGGCACAUAAAACGGUGUAGAACUUAUUAAUCGUUAUAUACUCUACUGUUUGGUUUCAUAUUAUUACUGUGUUACGUUGAACCUGCCCAGGUUGGAAAAAAAACUGGUGUGUCUA